AUGCAGUCACUGUGCAGCCUGCCCCUUAUGCGGUACCAUGAGCCAAAGAAGGAGGACGGGCUGGAGGACAUGACCCAACUGGAGGAUCUCCAGGAGGCUGCGGUGCUGAGCAACCUCCGGACACGAUUUGAGCGCCAGCUCAUCUAUACCUACAUUGGCAGCAUCCUGGUGUCGAUGAACCCGUACCGGCUCUACGACAUCUACGGGACAGAAUACGUGCUGCAGUAUGAGGGCAGAGCCCUGGGCGAGAACCCACCGCACCUCUUUGCCAUCGCAAACGUCGCCUACUACAAAGUGAUGGAUGCCAAACACAACCAGUGUAUCGUCAUCAGUGGGGAGAGCGGCUCAGGGAAGACCGAAGCCACCAAGUUGAUCCUGCGCUACCUGGCAGCCAUCAGCCAGAAACGCAGCAAUGUCCCACAGAUAGAGAUCCUGGAGGCGACCCCCUUGCUGGAAUCCUUCGGCAACGCCAAAACUGUGAGGAAUGACAAUUCCAGCAGGUUUGGGAAAUUUGUGGAAAUCUUUCUGGAGGAAGGCUUGAUCUGCGGUGCCAUAACCUCGCAGUACCUGCUGGAGAAAUCCCGUGUGGUCUUCCAGUCCAAGAGUGAGCGCAACUACCACAUCUUCUACGAGAUGCUGGCCGGGCUGCCUGUCCAGCAGAAGCAGCGGUACUGCCUGCAGGGCGCCGAGACCUACUACUACCUGAACCAGGGUGGGAACUGUGAGAUUCCCGGCAAGGACGACGCAGAGGAUUUCCGUCAGCUGCUCAGCACCAUGGAGGUGCUGGGCUUCAGCAUGGAUGAGCAGAACAGCAUCUUCCGCAUCCUCUCCUCUGUCCUUCACCUGGGCAACGUCUACUUUGAAAAAUAUGAGACUGACUGCCAGGAGAUCGCCAUGGUGGUGAGUGCUGCGGAGAUCCGGACAGUGGCUGAGCUGCUGCAGGUGUCCCCUGAGGGCCUGCAGAAAGCCAUCACCUUCAAGGUGACGGAAACGCUGCGGGAGAAGAUUUUUACCCCUCUGACAGUUGAAAGUGCUGUGGAUGCCAGGGAUGCCAUUGCCAAGACCCUCUACUCCCUGCUCUUCGGCUGGCUCACAGACCGCAUCAACAAGCUGGUGUACCCGCGGCAUGAGGCUCUCUCCAUCUCCAUCCUGGACAUCUAUGGCUUUGAGGACCUCCACUUCAACAGCUUCGAGCAGCUGUGCAUCAACUACGCCAAUGAGUACCUGCAGUUCUUCUUCAACAGGAUCGUCUUCCAGGAGGAGCAGGAGGAGUAUAUCCGGGAGCAGAUUGAGUGGAAGGAGAUCCCCUUCAGUGACAACCAGCCCUGCAUUGACCUCAUCUCCCAGAAGCCCUACGGCAUCCUCCGGAUCCUGGAUGACCAGAGCUGCUUCCCCCAGGCCACUGACCACACGUUCCUCCAGAAGUGUCACUACCACCAUGGGACAAACCCUCUGUACACAAAGCCGAAGUUGCCACUGCCUGAGUUCACCAUCAAGCACUAUGCGGGGAAGGUGACCUACCAGGUUCACAAGUUUUUGGAUAAAAACUAUGACCAGGUCCGUCAGGAUGUGCUGGACCUGUUCAUCAGCAGCAGGACCAAGGUGGUGGCCAACCUCUUCUUCGGCCAUGCCCAGGUGAUGGCUCGGCAGAGGAGCAUCAACAGGAGGAGCAGCACCAGGACACGGCGGUACAAGGCUCCCACCGUGGCCUCACGGUUCCAGCAGUCACUCCUGGAACUGGUGGAGAGGAUGGAGAGGUGCAACCCGUUCUUUGUGCGCUGCCUCAAACCCAACAACAAGAAGGAGCCAGGGCUCUUUGAGGCUGACGUGGUCAGCAGCCAGCUGCGGUACUCAGGGAUCCUGGAGACCAUCCGCAUCCGCAAGGAGGGCUUCCCCAUCCGCAUCCCCUUCCUCGUCUUCAUCGACAGGUACCGCUGCCUUGUCGACAUGUGGUCCAGCAUCAUUCCCAAUGGACCCAAUUGCGUGGAGAUGCUGAGAAGCCUCUGCCCUGUUAGCUCCAACAUGUACUAUGUUGGUGUCACCAAGCGGUACCGGCGCAUGCGGCGCACACUUAUCAAGUUCAGGUCACUGGUGCACAUCUACGUGAACCGCCGGAGGUACCUCAAGGAGCUGACACGGAGGGAGGUGGUGGAUGUCACCCAACUGGAGGUUCCGGCUGAGCUGAUGGGGUUGCUGCAGACCGCUGCAGGUGAGCAGGACAAGAAUACUGGCUGCGUGGUCCUGGUGCCGCCGCCGGCGCUGCAGCCUGACUCCAAGCUCACCCUCCCACUCGACAUCAACGACUACUCCAUGGCCAAGUACGUGCGGGGCCACUUCCAGGAACCAGCGUUUGGCAUGCUGACGGCCCCGCUGAAAGCUCCCCUCACCCGGCUGGACGAGGACCUGUGCCACGAGGCACUCAGCCUCUUUCAGCUGAUCCUGCGGUUCAUGGGGGACCCAGGGCUGGGCGGCCUGCAGGAGACCCUCUUCGGCAACUACAUUGUGCAGAAGGGGCUGUCGGUGCCAGGGUUGCGGGACGAGCUCCUGGCACAAGCUGCCAACCAGGUCUGGCGGAACACCAAUGUCAACAACGAGGAACGGGGCUGGCUGCUGCUGGCCACAUGCCUCAGCGCCUUCACCCCCUCCACCGCCUUCGACAACAUGGCACUCGACCUGCACUGCUUCAACGGUGCGGGCGGCACGGCGCUGGGGCACAGCGGUGCUGAGGGUCGGUCCCAGGAAGGGACUGCGGUGAAAGCCCCCACGCUGCCCUCCACGGAGGCUUACCACGCCCACGAGGGGGAACUCGGGGAGCCGCGCAGCCAGAAGGGUCUGGACCGGUACCUGGACAGCCUCUUCGAUCCCGUGCUCUACGGCAACGGG